UUUCUGUGUAAUCAUGCGAAAGAAAAGUCGCAUUCUACUUUCAUCGUUUUAGAAUCACCAUGAAAGGCUCAAUACUUGUUAUUGUAUCCUUCAUUUUAUUGCACUUUUUUGAAUAUUCGACGGGAGCUGUAUUUCACGACGAGCUAAAGAAAGAAAUUGUGUAUGGGAAGAAGGUAAAGUUUUGCGAGUAUAAAGGUCUGAGGUUGUUACGCCGGUCUGUCAUCAAGAACUAUGACACUUGUGCAAAAUGCAGGUGCAAAAAGGAUGGUCUUACGUGCUAUACAAUGUUUCCAUUGAUUAUGGAGCCGGAAGAUUCUAUGUGUACAUAUUUCUUGGUGGGAUGUAAAGUUAAAUGGGUGCUAAAGAGCGACAACAAUGCACGGUGUCCAGACACACUGAUCCCGAGAGAUUUAUCUGCAAAUGGAAAAUAGACAAAUAUGCUGUUGUAAUAUUUGUAAAAUUUGAUGUAUCUAUCCUGCAUUUAACGAAAAUGUAAAUAUUUAAAUUUGUUUGACUGCAACAA